GAGGUGGAGAAGGAGGAGAAAAAGGUGGAGAAACAGUAGCAACAGCAGAGAGAAGAAGAGAAAAAGAAGGAGGUGGACGCAUCGUCGCCGCGCGGUAGACGUAGGAAGAGGAGGAACAAGCCGACGAGACGGGCGCCGCGCGCUCGCACGUUGCUGUGCCGCGCUUUACUAUAUCGCACUACACGCGCGCCGUGAUCCGUCGCGUACGCGCGCGUGAAAACACAUACACGUACAAUAUCACAUAUUUAUAUGCAUACACGGUGACCCGCGCGCGGAGAUAAUACAGUGUAAAUGGCGCUCUCGGCGCAGAACCAGUCAACGUCGUACGUGAACUUAUAUUACUCGAUCGUCCAGCGCGCGGCGACGCGCUACUUUAAGGAGUAUUACAACUCCGAUACUGGCGCGCCCUACGUACUGUACAAAGAUAACAUGGAGAGACCCCAAGGUCAGUGGGGUCCGGGACCGGGAUCUCUCCAGGAUGGCGGAUUAUAUCCGCAACAGCAACAACAACAGCCGCAACAACAGGGUUCCUCCUCGUCGGGAAGUCCACAGCAGGCCUGUGGUCCUCCAGUCGAGGGUGGAGAAAGCGGUCCCCCGCCCUCGUUAGCCUCGCCCGUGCCCUCGCCUUAUCCGUCGGCGCCUCCCGAGCCUCAGUCCUUGACACCACCAGAUGACGACAUACAAUCAAGUCAGGCUACAUCUCAACAGCAGCAACAACAACAGCAACAACAACAACAGCAGCAGCAACAACAAACGCAACAGCAGGUACAACAGCAGCAGCAGCAGCAACAAGUUCAACAGCAGCAACCUCAGCAACAGCAGCAACAACAGACGCAACAGCAAGAUCACUCACCGCAGCAACAACUGACCUCACACGCGGAAGUAGAUCGUAACGACUGUUUCCCCGGCACCGGAGAACUGCAACAGUAUCCGCAACAUUAUUUCAAGGAGGCUCGGCCGCAUCCUUCACCAUCUGUUCCGCCCCACAUGCUCACCCCAGGCGGCUUUUCCGCGUUGCACUAUCUCAAGCAACCCGGAGUGAUGCUGACGUCUCUCGGCCAGGGUGACGGUGGACCUAGUCUGGAUGCGCAUCAGUACGCUAGCCCGGGGGCGCCGAACAUGGCGACUGGGCUGCCUGACAUUGUGCAACAGAGCGGCAAGUCGUCGAAGAGCGGCAACAGCGAUCUACGUCUGUUCAAGUGUUUAACUUGCGGCAAAGAUUUUAAGCAGAAAUCGACUCUGCUGCAGCACGAGCGGAUCCACACGGAUAGUCGGCCGUACGGAUGUCCGGAGUGUGGCAAGCGGUUCCGGCAACAAUCUCAUCUCACGCAACAUCUACGCAUACACGCUAACGAGAAGCCGUACGCUUGCGUGUACUGCGAGCGUACGUUCCGGCAGCGUGCCAUCCUCAACCAGCAUCUGCGCAUCCACUCGGGUGAGAAGCCAUACCAAUGUCCGGAGUGCGGAAAACACUUCCGUCAGAAGGCGAUCCUGAAUCAGCACGUCCGCACACACCAAGACGUGAGCCCGCACCUUAUCUUCAAGAACGGAAUGACGCCCACCCUGUGGCCGCAAGAUGUUCCCUUUCCACCCGAGGAGGGUAAGGAGGAGGUGGCAUCGACGUUCGGCGACACGGACACGCAAUCGGGCGCGUUCAGUCCGGCACCGGACGCCAAUUCCAUCCAAUACCCCGCUUACUUCAAAGACCCGAAAGGCGGUAAUCACGCGGUCUUCGGUGGAGGUAGUUCGGGCAGUUUCGGCGCUCUGCAGUACAUCAAGCAGCAGAGUGGCACGAAGAGCUGUCUGCCCGACGUGAUACAGCACGGCCGCUCGGCCGGUAUGCCGUUGUACGUGCGCUGCCCGAUUUGCCAGAAGGAGUUCAAGCAGAAGUCUACGUUAUUGCAACAUGGUUGCAUACACAUCGAAUCGCGACCGUACCCGUGUCCGGAGUGCGGCAAGAGGUUCCGACAACAGUCCCACCUUACGCAGCACUUGCGCAUCCACACAAACGAGAAGCCGUACGGUUGUGUGUAUUGCGGUCGCAACUUCCGCCAGCGCACGAUCCUCAAUCAGCAUCUGCGUAUCCACACCGGCGAAAAACCGUACAAGUGCCAGCAGUGCGGCAAAGACUUCCGUCAGAAGGCGAUCCUGGACCAGCACACGCGUACUCACCAGGGCGAUCGGCCGUUCUGUUGCCCGAUGCCUAACUGCAGACGGCGUUUCGCGACCGAGCCCGAGGUGAAAAAGCACAUCGACAACCAUAUGAACCCGCACGCAGCGAAAGUGCGCCGAAAUUCGAGCAGCGACACGAAGCCGCCCGGCACACCCGCGGGUCUGGGUCCAGUGCCAGUUCCGCGGGGCCUCACUCCCACAGUUGUUAAGCCAGAACUGUACUUCCCGCAGUGCUAUGCGCCCGCGUUCAACCAUCAGCCGCCGGUCUCCACCGCUCAAUUUCCCGGCGCUCAGGCGAACGGCGUGUCCGUGAGCGGCGAAUUCAAGCCGCCGACCGGCCUGCCGCCGCAGUGACUAACCGUCCAUCCUGCCGCCUAUUAGCAAGCAGGAAUUCCCGCGCUAA